ACAGCUCCAGGCACGCAGUUCUGUGCUGUUUAGCAACCUGCUUUCCCGUUACUUAUACCCAUCUACGGAAUCCGAGUCUAAACCAAUUACACAUUUAAAUAAGCGCUACAAAAGAUAAAGCUAAACUUUGAGUGGCUCAACUUUUACGUGGUGUGAACAAAAGAAGCAUUUUCAUCAAAGUUUAGCUUAUUAUUUAACAGUUAGUUCCAUCUGAAAAUUAGACGUAUUGUCUUUAAUUGAUUCUCCAGUCCCAUUAUUUCACUCUCCUGCAGUCCAGAAGCUCCAUCUUCUCAAAAUUGCUUGAUUUCAAACAAUGUCGAAAAUAGCAGGGUUUUUUGUGUGCCUUUUGGUUAUUUCUUUAGACAUUGCAGCAGGACUUUGCGGUAUUGAAGCGGAAAUUGCUCAAAAUAAGGUGAAACACUUGAAGAUGUGGAUAUUUGAGUGUAGGAGUCCCAGUGAACAAGCCUUCAAACUAGGAUUAGCUGCAGCAGGGCUAAUGGCACUUGCCCAUGUUAUAUCCAACUUGCUCGGUGGUUGCAUGUGUAUUUGCAACCAAGAAGAUCUCCAAAAAUCUUCCUCCAAUCGCCAACUAACUAUAGCAUGCCUCAUCUUCUCCUGGCUUAUAUUUGUAGUUGGAUUGUCGAUGCUGGUAAUUGGGACGCUGGCGAAUCAGAAAUCGAGAGCAUCAUGUGGCUUCACUCACCAUCACAUGCUAUCAAUUGGUGGCAUACUGUGUUUCGUUCAUGGAUUAUUUUCAAUUGCUUACUACGUUUCUGUCGCUUCGGGUGGGAAUUGAGUAGAAAAAGUACUACCUUGCGUUCUAUCUUUCAAUGUUAUCAAUUGUUUUCAAUAGACAAUAGUGUCCAAACGGAUAAUAUCAUAAUCUGAUUAUUAUGUAGCACGUGAUAAGUUUUCUACAUGGCGUAGUUUUUAAA